UUGAGGUUCGGUUUGUUUAGAGGGCAGCGAUUUCCACCAUUGGUGGGGUCUUUGUGUUUUUUUGUGUUUCUUUACUUUUUCUAAAACUAAAGGAUUAACAGACUCACCGCCCGUAUUGAUCUGAUGUCAUGGCUGAAGCAGUAACCCUUCAGGACCAAAUGGAGGAAGGUUUUGAGGAUGAAUUUGGAGAAAUCAUCAAGAGUCGAUCAGAUGAACGAGAAGAUAUUCAAAAGAAAACCUUCACAAAAUGGAUAAACUCACAGUUUUCUAAGGCGGGAAGACCCCCUAUCGACGACCUCUUCACCGAUCUGUGCGAUGGCCGACGCCUUCUUGAACUGCUGGAGAGCCUGGUCGGCAAAGAACUAGUUAAAGAGCGCGGUUACACUCGAGUGCACUCCCUCAACAAUGUUAACAGGGCCCUCCAGAUCCUUCAGAAGAACAAUGUUGAGCUAGUGAACAUUGGGGGAGCUGACAUUGUCGAUGGGAAUCAUAAACUGACGCUGGGUCUCAUCUGGAGCAUCAUUCUCCACUGGCAGGUUAAGGAUGUGAUGAAAGAUGUCAUGGCAGACUUACAGCAGACCAACAGUGAAAAGAUUUUGUUAAGCUGGGUCAGGCAGUCCACUAAAAACUACAAAAACAUCGAUGUGAUCAACUUCUCCAGCAGCUGGGCGGAUGGUCACGCCUUCAAUGCUCUCAUCCACAGCCACAGGCCAGAACUGUUUAACUGGAGUGUGGUGGAGCAACAGCAUAAUGCCAUUGAGAGACUAGACCACGCUUUUACUGUUGCGGAAAAGAAUUUAGGCAUUGACCGACUGCUGGACCCAGAAGAUGUUGCUACAGCUCAUCCAGAUAAGAAGUCCAUCAUUUUGUACGUCACCUCCCUGUUCCAAGUGCUGCCCCAUGGCGUGAGUGUGGAGGCCAUCCAGGAGGUGGAGACCCUCCCUCGAGCAACAGUAACUAAAGAGGAGCAUUUCCUCUUUCAAACUCAACAGCGUUACUCCCAGCAGAUCACAGUCAGUGUGGCACAAAGUCGUGUUCGUAGCCCCUCUCCCUCCUAUAAGCCUCGAUUCAGAAGCUAUGCCUUCACUCAAGCUGCCUACGUCAAGACCCCUGAACAACAAAGGAAAGUCCUCGCCAUGCAGUCUCUCGACAAGCCCGAUGAACUGCGACCGUCCCCCAGUCCCCUGCCACAGGGCUUAAAUGAGCUGGAAAGCUACCAGAGUGCCCUGGAGGAGGUACUGACCUGGCUGCUCUCUGCUGAGGAUGGACUGCAAGCACAGCCGCCCAUCUCCUCUUUUGUCGAUGAAGUCAAAGAACAGUUUCACACUCAUGAGGGCUACAUGGUGGAGUUAACGUCUCAUCAGGGCAGCGUGGGACGAGUUCUGAAAGCAGGAAGUGUGUUGUUGUCUGGAGAGCAGCUCACUGAUGAUGAAGAGAAGGAGGUGCGGGAACAGAUGAAUCUACUCAACUCGCGCUGGGAACAUCUGCGUGUGGCCAGCAUGGAGCGACAGAGCAGGCUUCAUGAAGUUUUGAUGGACCUGCAGCACCAACAACUGAAGCAGCUCUCUGAUUGGCUGGACAUGACUGAAGCUCGAAUUAAAAGAAUGGGCGCACAGCCAUUAGGGCCUGAUCUUGAUGACAUAAAACAUCAAAUUGAAGAGCAAAAACUCUUGCAGGAAGAUCUGGAGCUAGAGCAGGUGCGAGUGAACUCUCUGACUCAUAUGGUGGUGGUAGUAGAUGAGAACAGUGGUGAUAGCGCCACUGCAGCCUUGGAGGAAAAACUGCAGAGUCUAGGAGAACGAUGGGCAGCUAUCUGCAAAUGGACUGAAGAACGCUGGAUGCUCCUACAGAAGAUCCUGCUGUGCUGGCAGCAUUUCACAGAGGAACAGCUGCUGUUUGAUUCUUGGCUCACUCAGGAGGAGGAGUUAGUUUACUCUAUCCAAAGCAGUGGCACAAAUGAUCCGAACGAAGUGGCCGCAAAUCUCCGGAAGCUUGCGAUAUUAAAAGCAGACCUGGAGUUGAAGAGACAGACCAUGGAUAGGCUUUGUUCCCUCGUUCAAGAUCUGCUCACCAACAUUAAGAGCAAAGAGGCUGCUGGGAAACUAGAGGCGAAGUUGGAGAGGUUCGCCCAGCGCUGGGACAAAUUGGUGCAGUCACUUCAACUCACCAGCACCAAGUUUUCAACCAUUGUCACCACAUCCCAGUCGGAGCUCACACAGACAACCAUGGCAACUGUCACCAAGGUGACCACGAACCAGAAAAAGAUGGUGAAGCAUACUAAGGAGGGUCUGUCUACCCCUCCACCUCAGAAGAAGCGACAGAUUGUUGUUGAUUCAGAACUAAGGAAAAGGUUUGAUGUGGACUUCACUGAAAUUCACAGUUUUAUGACUCGGUCAGAGGCUGUUUUGCAAAACCCAGAGUUCUCCAUCUCUCGUAAAGAGGGCAGUGUGGCCGACCUCUAUGAGAAAGUGCUGGCAAUUGACAGGGAGAAACCUGAGAAGUUCAGGAAGUUGCAGGAAGCCACUCGCUCAGCCCAGGCUUUAGUGGAUCAACUUACCAGUGAUGGCCAGAAUUCCGAAGACAUCCAGCAAGCUGCUCAGCAGCUACGUGCUCGAUGGGUUGACUUCUGCGCUCUCCUGGCUGAAAGGCUGGCAUGGUUGGCCUACCAGACCAAAGUCCUGGCUUUCUACAAUCUCUUCCAGCAGAUGGAGCAAGCUGUGGUGACCGCUGAGAACUGGCUGAAGGUGCAAUCGCCUCCCGCGUCCGAGCCAGAGCCCCUGAGGAUUCAGCUUGAGCGAUGCAGGGAUGAGAUCGCUCGCCUCUCUGCUCUUCAACCACAAGUGGAGAAGCUGCAUGAACAACUUCAGGAGCUGAGACAGAAAGAAGAGACGCCCGUCCUCUUUGAUGCCGACAUCUCUGCCUUCCAAGAGCACUACCACCAUGUCCUUGAGGACCUGAGGGCCCGGGAACGACAGCUUGUUCUAGUUCAGUCCAGUCUUCCACCAGCACGUUAUAAAGAGAUAAUGGCAGCGCUGUUGGCCUGGCUGCAGCAAUGUGAGAAUAAACUAGCCAUCCCCUCCACUGCAGUCACAGAGUACCCAGUCAUGGAGCAGAGACUCAAAGACAUCAAGGCAAUUCAAGCAGCACAGAAGGAGCAUCAGAGUGAGGUGGAUGACCUCAAUAAGAUGGCCGAUCAGGUGUUUCAGAAAGCACCACCGGAGAUCUGUCAGAAGUACCGCACCGAACUGGACAAUGUGAUGGUGCGCUGGAGACGCGUGUGUGAGCAACUGGAGGAGAACAUUCAUAAGCUGCAGGAUCACAUGACCAAACUACAGCAGUUCCAGAAUGACACAAAGACCUUGCAGAAGUGGAUGGCAGAGGUUGAUGUUUUCCUGAAUGAGGAAUGGCCAGCUCUGGGAGACGCUGAGGCCUUGGAGAAACAGUUGGAACAGUGCACGGCUCUGGUGAAUGACAUUCACACCGUCCAACCGAGUCUGAAUGGAAUCAAUGAGGUGGGGCUGGCCUUGAAGAGUGAAGCCGAGGUGCCUUUUGCCAUAAAAAUACAGAAAAUGCUGGAUGAACUCAAUGCUCAGUGGGAGCUCAUUUGCAAACAGGCUUAUGCCAAGAAAUCUGCCUUGAAAGGAGGGCUGGAUAUGACGGUGAGUUUGAGGAAGGAGAUGCAGGAAAUGCAGGAAUGGAUCGCUCAAGCCGAGGAAGAGUAUCUAGAGCGAGACUUCCAGUACAAAACACCAGAGGAGCUCCAUAAGGCCGUGGAGGAGUUGAAGAGAGCUCAAGAGGAGGUCCAUCAAAAGGAAACAAAGGUGAAGCUGCUGACAGAUAAAGUCACCAAUUUCAUUUCAAAAGCUCCUCCCGUGGCCCAUGAUGCCCUGAAGGCAGAACUGGAUGUUUUGACUUCAAACUACCAACGACUGUGCAGUCGGCUUGAUGGAAAAUGCAAGACUUUAGAGGAGGUGUGGGCGUGCUGGUGUGAGCUGCUGUCUUAUUUGGAGUUGGAGAACGCCUGGAUGGAUCUACUGGAGAAGAAACUUGAUGAAACCGAAACCAUUCAAGGAGGUGUAGAGGAACUAAAAGAAGCUUUGAAUUCCUUAGAGACCAUGAUAAGGGAGCAUCCGGAGUAUAACCGCAACCAGAUCCGUGAAUUAGCCCAGACCCUUAUGGAUGGUAGAGUACUCGAUGAGCUCAUACACAAAAAGGUGGAGGACUACAAUACACGCUGGGAUGAGCUAAUGCAAAGGGCUCUGAAACGGCGACAGCAGCUGGAGAAGAGUUUGCAGUGGGCCCAUGAGAACGACAAAACUCUCCGUCUCAUUUUGGACUCUCUGAACACCACUGACCGGCAUUUGACUGCUUACAUAGCAGAUGGCAUAGACGCUGCUCAGAUACCACAGGAGGCCCAGAAAAUCCAAACUGAGUUGGACGGUCAUGAGACAACUCUGGAUGACAUGAAGAAAAAGGCCAUUGAGGCUGAUGCAUCAGAAAAAGUGAUCGGAGAGAUUGACGCAACAUAUGAUAAAUUAUUUCAAGUGAAAACCAAGUUCCGGCUUUUCCAAAAGCCAGCCAACUUUGAUCAGAGGUUGAGGGAAUGUGAGCGUGUGUUAGAGGAGGUGAAAGGCAAGUUGGGAGUGUUGAGUGUUCGGAGCGUGGAGCAGGAGGUGGUGCAGUCGCAGCUGGAGCAGUGCAUGAAGUUUUAUAAGAACCUGAGUGAAGUGAAAUCGGAAGUGGAGACAGUGAUAAAGACAGGAAGACAGAUUGUGCAGAGGCAGCAGACAGAUCAACCCAAGGAACUGGACGACAGACUGACGGCUCUUAAAUUUGUGUAUAACGACUUGGGUUCACAGGUGACAGAAGGAAAACAAGAACUGGAGAAGAUUUUAAAGUUAUUGAGGAAGUUUAAGAAGGAGUUAAACAGCCUGACAGAAUGGCUGGCUGCGACUGAUGAGGAACUGACUCGACGAUCUUCAGUGGAAGGGAUGCCAAGUGACCUGGAGGCAGAGCUGGCAUGGGCAAAGGCGAAACAGGAAGACACAGAGCAUCAUAAGCCACAGCUGAAGCUGGUGAGGGAGCUGGCGGAGACCCUGAAGGGUUUACUCCAGAGCCAGGAGAACCUUAUUGACGACAAGGUCAGUCUGCUCAACUGCAACUGGAUCGCGGUGACAUCACGGAGCGAGCAGUGGCUGAAACUACUGCUGGAUUACCAGAGUCAAAUGAAAAAACUUGAGCAGAACAUUGGUCAGAUCAACGCCUGGAUUGAUCGUGCUGAAGAAACGAUGGAUGAUAUGGGAAGCCAGGGCUGCGUCGAGCAUGUUAUUAAGGGUUUGCGGAAGGAACUGGAGGAGAUGAAAGUUAAGGUUGAAGCUGUUCAGGGUCUGGCAGAGGAACUGGUAAAGAAUCGAGGAGAACACUGUAAAGCUCAGGUGGAACCCAAGCUAGAGCAGCUCAAAAAGCGAUUUGACAUCAUCGCCAAGAGGAUUUUAACAGGACAGGCCUCCACUAACGAGUUAGAAGAGUAUCACAGACAGGCUAAUAUAUGGCUUCAGGUGCUGGACGAGGAGAUUAAAUUAGGUGAAAGUCUAAAAGAGGAAGAUUUCCGUGAGGAUGUGUUCAUAGAUGAGGACACACUGAAUGAACUGUUCUUGAAAGGAGAACAUCUCCUCAAGAGAACUCCAAGCGGGGAGAAAAGAGAGGCCGUUAGAGAGAAACACAACCUUCUUCAUGACAAAUAUGACACUCUAAAGAACCUGAGAGCCCUGAGAAAGAAGAAGGCUCUUGCGCUCGCCUCACAGUGGUACCAGUUCUGUAAGAAGACAGAUGAUAUGAUGAAGUGGCUGGACAAAAUUGAAAAGACCAUCGCAGAGCAUCCAGAUCCCCCUGAGGCAACAAGAGUGAAAAUGGUCGGUUCUGAAAUUGAACUGCAGCGUCCGAAGCUGGAGGAUUUGCGCGGACUGGGUCGCGUGCUUUCAGAUGGCGGAGGUGCAAAGCUAGUGGAGCCCCGCCUCCUCCCAGUCAAUAAACGCUGGGCGGAGCUGGAUGUUAAGUUCACUAAAGUGCGCCACAAAAGUGAACUGCAGUUUUUACUACAGUGCAUCGCUGAAAAUGAGGCUAUGUUGAACUCUCCUGAGUGCCGGUCUGCAGCAUUCGUCAACGUACCCCAACAAGAGAAGUGCCUUAAGGAAGUUAAAGUGAAUCUGGAGAAAUUGGAGAGUCCAGUGACAGAAGCUCUGAGCAGGGGUGCAACUGAUCCAGAGGAGAGUCUACUUGUCCAACUACUCAGAUCCAACUGGGAAAACCUCAAAAAGCUUUACCAGGACAGACUGAUACGCUUUGAAAAAAGUAGGAAAUUCAGUGAGGAGCUUAAAAUGCUUGAUGACUGGCUGACUGAUGCGGAGAGGACAAUAGUGAAGUAUGAACAAGACCCUAUUAUUAACCGAGAUCACCUCAAGGAGCUCCAGGAGGGUUUGGAGAAACAGGAAGCUUCUGUGAAGGGUCUGAAUUCUCUCGGGACAGACCUGGUUCCAUUCUGCAGUAAGGAAGAUAGGGACCAUAUUAAACAGCAUCUCGCCUCCAUCAACUCCCGCUGGGCCAAAGUGUCCAAUCAGCUGACUGAGAUCAAGAGACAGUCUGCGGGGGCGAAGAUUGUUCUUGCCCAGCUAAAUGAAGACAUGGGGGACUUCCAGUCCUGGCUGGAUGGUGCAGAAUCUGUAGUUACACUUCCUGUAGAACCAGGUCAUAAAGAACAACUCGGUGCAACCUUAGAAAAAGUGAAGGCUCGGGUGGUGGAAUUGCCAAUCAGGAAGCAAACUCUACAACAGAUCAACAGCAAAGGCUCAUCUCUCCCAGCUGAUAAAGUCAAACCACUGGAGAAACAUCUAAAGGUUAUCAACAUGAGAUGGGCCAAGGUGUCCACUGAUCUUCCUGAGAAGCAAUGUCAAAUUGAGGAUCUCCUCAGAGAUUUGUCUUUGUAUCAGGAACAGCUCUCCAAGCUCUCUAGCUGGGCCUCCGCUACAAGGAGUCAACUCGAGCAGUGUCCUACUGCGAUAGACCCUAAGAUUGAGGAUGAUGUCAAGGAAAAGAAGCCAGCAGUAGAAGCAGUUUUGGCCAAAGAAAGACCACCAUGCAAACCAGAAAAGGGGCAGUUUGAUGGUCUUAGUGUAGAUUGGACUUCCAUUCAAGUUCUACUUAAAGAGUGGAGAAGCAAAUGUCAGCUUUCAGCUGAAACCUUGACUGGUAGUGCUGCAGGAGAUGCAGCGCUUGAAAAAUUUAAUAAAUCAUGGAUGGAGCUUGAUGAUUGGCUCUCUCUUCUGGAUCACAUGGUUCAGACUCAGAGAGUGAUGGUCGGAGAUCUUGAUGAGAUAAAUGAGAUGACGGUGAAACUCAAGUCAGCAUUGCAAGACAUGGAGCAAAGAUGCCCACAGCUGAACAAACAAAUCACAGCGGCUCAAAACCUGAAGAACAAAACCAAUAAUCCUGAGACACGGGCGACCAUUACAGACCACAUUGAAAAAUUACAGGCACACUGGGAAGACUCCCACACCAAGCUGAUGGACAGGGUUCUUAAACUUCAGAACAUGCAUCAGGACUCAAGCAAUUGGCUGGAAGCCAGAAAAAGGGUGGAGCCUCUCAUUAAAAAAGCCAAUGAGAAACUAGACAGCUGGAAGAAAGUGUCUCACAGCAUUGAAAAUUUAAAAGGCCAGAAUGCUGAUGUCAAGCAACUUUCUAAGGAUAUACAGCAGUGGCAAGCUCAGAUGAAUGUCACCAAUGAACUGGCAAACAAACUAUUGACCCUUUAUGCAGAAGAUGACACACGCAAAGUGAAACAAAUGACUGAGAGCAUGAAUCUGGCUUGGGCCAACCUCAAAAAGUGUGCUGGGGACAAGGAAGCGGAUUUGGAAGCUGGAAUGCGACAACUGCAGUAUUUCUACUUGGAUCUGGAAAAAUUCCUUAAUUGGCUUACUGAAGCAGAAACCACAGCCAAUGUCUUACAAGAUGCCACCUUUAAGGAGGGACUUCUGGAAAACCCAGCCACAGUGCGGCACUUACUGGAGCAAUGGCAGGAUCUCCAAACGGAGAUUGAUGCUCACCAGGAGAUGUACCAUUCAUUAGAUGAAAACGGACAGCGUAUUGUGUCAUCUCUGGAGGGGACAGACAAUGCUGCUGUGUUGCAAAAACGGCUUGACGACAUGGGACAGCGGUGGCAUGAGUUGUGUAAUAAAGUUAUGAGUAUAAGGCCUUACCUGGAUGCAGGAGUUGAUCAGUGGAAGCAUUUGCAUAUGUCCUUACAAGAGCUGCUCAACUGGCUUCAGCUAAAGAGGGAGGAGCUAGAGCAGCAGAAGCCAGUAGGGGGCGAUGUGCCGACAGUGCGCCAACAACUCGUCACGCACAAGGGUUUCAGAAGAGAGUUGGGUGCCAAAGAACCUGUGAUCAAUGGAACGCUCAACAAUGUUAAAACCUUCUUAUCUGAGAUGCCUCGUGAGGGUUCUAAACAGAGGCCUGGCCAAAAAGAUGUGAGUCCCGAAGAGAGGGUUCAAAAUGUGUGCCGCAUAUUGCGUAAGGAAGUGGAGGAUGUUACGGUGCGAUGGAAGAAUCUGGGUGCAGCUGCCGUUGACUGGCAACAACAGCUGGAGCUGGCCUUGGAGAGGCUAAUGGAGCUCCAGGAUGCCCAGGAUCAGUUGGACUUCAAGCUUCGGCAGGCAGAGACUGUGAAGAAUUCUUGGAAGCCAGUUGGGGAUUUGGUUGUAGACGAUCUGCAAAACCACAUAGAGAGAGUUAAGGCAUUUCGGGAGGAGAUAGCUCCCAUCCAGGAUAAUGUUAAUCAGGUCAACCAACUGGCCUCCACAUUCAGACCCCCCGACAUUCAGCUCUCUCCAGACAACCUCAGCAGAAUUGAUGACCUCAACAUGAGAUGGAGGCUUCUACAGAUCUACAUUGAAGAACAUCUGACCCAGUUGACCACAGCCUAUGGGGAUUUAGGGCCACAAUCUCAGAAUUUCCUAGAUGCUUCGGUUGAAAGUCCUCUUGAACGCUCUACUUCGCCCAACAAUGUCCCCUACUAUAUCAACCACCAGACCCAAACAACAUGUUGGGACCAUCCAAAGAUGGCAGAGCUUUACCAGUCUUUAGCGGAUCUCAACAACGUAAGGUUCUCUGCAUACAGGACGGCAAUGAAGCUGAGACGAAUGCAAAAAGCUCUCUGCUUGGAUCUAUUGGGCAUGCCUGCAGCUUGCGAGGCAUUUGAGCAGCACAGUCUUAAACAGAAUGAGCAAUUUAUGGACAUUGUGCAGGUGAUCAACUGUCUGACCAGCAUCUACGACCGUCUGGAUCAGCAGCACAGCAGUCUGGUCAAUGUGCCUCUGUGUGUGGACAUGUGUCUCAACUGGCUGCUCAACGUCUAUGAUACAGGACGAGCUGGAAAGAUUCGUACCCUAUCCUUCAAAACAGGAAUAAUCUGUCUGUGCAAAGCUCACCUUGAGGAUAAGUACAGAUUUUUAUUCAGAGAGGUGGCCAGUGCUACAGGCUUUUGUGACCAGAGGCGCCUUGGCCUUCUCCUGCACGACGCCAUUCAGAUCCCCAGGCAGCUGGGUGAGGUGGCAUCUUUCGGAGGGAGUAAUAUCGAGCCCAGUGUGCGCAGCUGCUUUCAGUUUGCCAGUAACAAACCAGAGCUAGAGGCUUCCGUCUUCCUGGACUGGAUGCGUUUAGAACCUCAGUCGAUGGUUUGGCUUCCUGUCCUUCACCGUGUGGCGGCCGCUGAGACAGCAAAGCACCAGGCUAAAUGCAACAUUUGUAAGGAAUGUCCUAUUAUUGGCUUCAGGUACAGAAGUUUAAAGCACUUUAACUAUGACAUCUGCCAAAGCUGCUUCUUUUCUGGCAGAGUGGCCAAAGGUCACAAGAUGCAAUACCCUAUGGUUGAAUAUUGCACACCGACUACAUCAGGAGAGGAUGUGAGGGACUUUGCCAAGGUGUUGAAGAACAAGUUCAGGACAAAGCGCUAUUUUGCGAAGCACCCUCGUAUGGGUUACCUCCCCGUACAGACCAUCCUAGAGGGAGAUAACAUGGAGACUCCUGUUACACUGAUCAACUUCUGGCCUGUUGACCAUCCGCCAGCAUCCUCACCACAACUUUCCCACGACGACACCCACUCACGUAUCGAACAUUAUGCUAGCAGGCUAGCUGAAAUGGAGAUCCGGAAUGGCUCGUACAUGAAUGAGAAUGUAUCGCCCAAUGAAAGCAUGGAUGAUGAACAUCUACUGAUCCAACACUACUGCCAGAGUCUGAAUCAGGGCUCUCCUCUCAGCCAGCCGCAGAGUCCCGCUCAGAUCCUCAUCUCAAUGGAGUCUGAAGAGAAGGGAGAGCUCGAGAGUGUCCUCAAUGAUCUGGAGCAAGAAAACAGAAAGCUGCAAGCGGAGUAUGAUCGUUUGAAAAAACAACACAACCACAAGGGCCUGUCGCCGCUGCCAUCACCUCCACAGAUGCUGCCGGUCUCACCCCAGAGUCCACGCGACGCAGAGCUGAUCGCCGAAGCCAAACUACUGCGGCAGCACAAGGGUCGCUUAGAAGCGAGAAUGCAAAUCCUGGAAGAUCACAACAAACAGCUUGAAUCGCAACUCAAACGCCUUAGACAGUUACUGGAGCAGCCACAGACUGAGUCCAAGGUGAAUGGCUCUACCCUGUCCUCACCCUCCACUGCCUCCCCGAGAUCUGACACCAGCCUGGCCUCACUGCGUGUGGCCGCAAGCCAAACCACAGACACAAUGGGUGAUGAUGAACUGUCCAGUCCCUCACAGGAUGCAAGCACUGGACUAGAGGAUGUGAUCGAGCAACUCAGUUAUUCCUUCCCUCACAGCCAAGGAAGCGGACGGCUAAACCCAUGAAAGGUCCAAAUAUGGGAAGUCUUUUUCACAUGGUUGAUAACAUUGGACAUGCCAUGGAGUCCUUGGUUAGUGUAAUAACAGAGGAGCAGGAUUUAGACUGAAGAUGUCUUCUCGCUGCAUGCUUUUGUUGUGUCAACAACUAGACAGGAUAUGUUUACAAUUGGGAAAUCAAUAAAAAUCUAUUUUUCUGAAGGAUCACGGUUCCACAAUGUAGAUUUGAUCUUAUUAGUUUCAGAAGUUUCUUACAGCAAGUCUAGAAUGGUUUAUUAUGAAAAAGGUUUUUAAACUUCUAUGCAAUUGUACAAAAAUAGAGAGGUGUGUGAUAACAUGUAACAUUGCGUGCCAUGUCUUUGUACAGAGUGGAGCGCAUUUUAAAAGUGUUUUAUCUAAAUGAGUGACUGCAUAUAUGAAAGGGUGCUUUAUCAACUAAUUUUGUUUGUAACAAAAUAACAAAUGCAUAUUAAAAGGCAAGUCCGUCAUCUGUAUGCGGAAGUGUGUGUAUGAAAUGUGUCUGUGUGUAACGUAACCUGUCUCAAUCAACUAGAGCAAUCAUUAUGCUCAGAAAACAAGCAUUUCAUGUCAGUUAUCAUUUUAUUUUUUAUUAUUAAUAGUAAGUCAACAUUUAAAAAAAUGUACGCCAUUAACUUCAUUAAUAAAUAUUCCUAGUCAUAUUGUCAGCAAUACAUUGGUGCACAUUAUUCCAAAGAAAUAAAAUGUCUGCCUCCAUAAUCCUUCAUCAAAAUGUAAUAACUUGCUCCACCUCUGAAACCACUUUCCUUUUCGGCUUGAGUUUGCUUAAGGAUCAACCAAUGACACUCUGGUUUGGACUGUCUACAUUUCACCAUAAAAUCUAAUCAAGUCCCGAUGCAUAAAAUCCUUGCUAAAAGAUGCAAAAAGUUCCAUCCUACAAAUCCUAUUUCUCAUUAAAUAUCCUGUUGCACGCAGUAUAAUGGGUUGCGAAUGUCAUUUCAUGUUGACUUUAAAAUCAGCUAGAAGUUUUUAAACUGUCUACCUCAAAGAAGCCCUGCUCUAUCCAUGUUUAUUAGUGGAGCAAUAUGUAUCAUUGUUAUAUUUAUAUCUUAAUGACUCCAUGUUGGUUACAUUUCCAGCUGUGAGAGAUGAAAAUCAUAUUGUCUGUAAUCCCACACCAGAGAUGAAAUCAAUUCCUAGCCUUUGAACCCCUAUUAGCAUACAAGUGUUUUUAAGUAUUGAAUCUCAGCCUUAUAGCAACAUGAAUGCAAUUUGUAAGUAAGGAGAUCCCAAUGAAAUUAAUAAUUACUUCAGUAAUAAUUAUUAUCUUGUAAUAUUGGAAUGUAAAUAAAAGGUCAAAAGUGGAAAAAGUAUAUUAAAAGUGCCAUUGAACAACUAAUCACAUCUUUAUAUCUUUAAGUUAUUUAUUACCAUUGAUAUCAAAAAUGUGCAAACUGAUAACAGUUUACAAAAUGCCACCUGAGACGAAAAUAUUCCACUUUGUUACAUUUGAGAUUGUUUCAGUGUGUAUGACAUGUUUGUCUCAUUAUUUGACCUUUUUGCUUUUUUGUGAACAAAUAUAUAGAAAUAAAUGAUCAUGAUGUAUGUGUAUACGCAAUUUACGACAAAAGAGUUUUGCACCUUGGGGAUGAGCAUGUCCAGAUUACUACAUAUUUAUAUCUAAAAUGUGCUUUUUGAUUCUAACACUUGUUCUGAAAUCAUACAUUUUAUUUGUAAUUGCAAAAGUAAUAUUUUACCAUGAAAGGAAAUAUAAUUGUGGUUGUCUUAACUUGCCGUUGCAUUAGCUGAUAAAAAUGGAAACACAUAGUGCCAUCUUUUUGUCUUGUUUCAUUGUGGAUUCAUUUUGCUUCAGUGCAGGAAAAUGACUGCAUUAUAAUCAAACAUAUUCAGCAAUAUCUGUUCU